AUGCCGGCGGAUAUCCGCAGUUUUUUUGGCGGCGGAGCACAGGCGAACCAGGGCUCGCAGAAGAAGGACGAGAAGCCUGCGCCGAAAAAGGCAGCACCGAAGAAGCCCAGUCGUGCCAGCCGUGUGGUCGCCGACGAAUCCGACGAGGACGACGACGAUGUAGUAGAGGCAAAACCCAUGAAGAUUUCCCCAAAGAAGCCUCCACCGAAGAAAACCAAGAAGGAACCGUCCCCCGAGCUUGAAGAGACAACGACGUCAGAGUUCUUCGCUAGCAAGAACAAGCCCAAGCGUUCGGAACCUUUCAAAAAGAAGCCCGCGGAAUCUACACCAAAAACAACACCCGUGAAGGGGAACGGAAAGACGUCCAAGAAUUCGACGCCAGUGACAAACAAUAGAGGUCCAGGCAGGCCGAGGAAGCGGGUCACCGCGUAUGCCGCAAAGAAUGACGAAGACGAGUUUCCGGACGACGAUCUCGACGAAGCGGACGAUAUAUUCGGAGAAGACUUCAAAUCACGAGGCAAAGACGACGACUAUGUUGAAGUAGCAGCCAGCGACGGCGAUGAUCUACCUACUGGUCUUCCACAUAGGGGAACGCCGAAGAAGCCUGCGAAGAAACAGAAGACGGUCAAGGAUGACGACGAUAUUGAUCCAGAGGAUGAGGAUGUUGACAUGAAGGACGUGGACGCGGAGGACGGCUUCGUCGAACCAGAUGAGGAUGAACGAGCAACCAAAAGCAUGCCGAAGAAGACAUCAACUGCGGGGAAGAAACGGAAGACUCCCGAACUCGAUGGUGAGGGCGAGCAUGACGAUGAGGAAGAGGAGGAGAUCAAGCCGAAACGCGCUCGUCCGAAGAAGGAUACACAAGCCAAGGCGCCUGCAAAGAAGAAGGCCAAGAAGGAAGACGCCGUUGAGAACAAGGACAUACAAGCCAUCUAUGACAGCAUACCCCUAGUGCGACCACCGACCCCUCCCCCGAAAGACGAAACAGCAAAGUUCGACUGGAGACAAAAGGCCGGCGGCGGGAACGCAGAUGCCGCACCGGCCGGCGGUGAUUCAGGGUCCAUGCCAUCCGGAAGCGAGACUUGUCUCGCUGGUUUGACCUUCGUUUUCACGGGCGUUCUGCAGCGAUGGGGCCGAACUGAGGCUCAAGAGCUUGUCAAACGGCAUGGCGGGAAGGUUACCGGACAGCCGAGCAAGAACACAAAUUACAUUGUUCUCGGACAGGACGCGGGGCCAAGCAAAUUGCGGAAGAUCAAAGAACUGAACAUCAAGACUAUCGAUGAGGACGGACUCACAGCACUCAUCGAAAAGCUUACGGCAGCUGGCAAUCAGGGUGACUCAAAAGCACAGGUGGCGUUCAAGGAAAAGCAACGCAAAGAGGAAGAGAAGAUCAAAGCACAAGCAGCCGAGAUGGAAAAGGAAGAGAAAGCCAGGCUGAAAGCUUUGAAGACCGCAGAAACCGCUAGGAAUGCCAAGACUUCUUCCGCCGAUAGCUUCAGCUCUGGCAAAAGCUCAGAGCCAGCGGUGGACUCAAGAUUGUGGACGACGAAGUAUGCGCCAUCUUCACUCAAUCAGAUCUGCGGCAAUAAAGCUACAGUGGAGAAGUUGCAGAGGUGGUUGCAGAGAUUUCCAAAGAGCUUGAAGACCAACUUCAAGCUAGCCGGACCCGAUGGCAGCGGGUCCUUCCGUGCAGUCAUACUGCACGGUCCUCCUGGCAUUGGGAAAACCACGGCGGCGCAUCUCGUAGCCAAAAUGGAAGGAUACGACAUCGUUGAAAGCAAUGCCAGUGAUACUCGCAGUAAAAAGCUUGUGGAGGAGGGCCUGCGCGGCGUUCUGAGUACGAACUCACUCCAUGGUUACUUCGCAGGGGACGGCAAGAAGGUCGAGUCGGAUAAGAAGAAGAUGGUCUUAAUCAUGGACGAAGUCGAUGGUAUGUCUGCAGGCGACCGGGGUGGCGUAGGAGCUCUGGCUGCCGUUUGCAAGAAGACGGAGGUCCCCAUGAUCUUGAUAUGUAACGACAGAAGGCUGCCGAAGAUGAAGCCAUUCGACUAUGUAACCUUUGAUCUGCCAUUUCGCCGACCGACAGUCGAUCAGAUUCGUUCUCGCAUCAUGACUAUUGCAUUCCGAGAAGGAUUGAAAAUGCCUGCGCCGGUCAUCAACGCCUUAAUCGAGGGCAGCCACGCCGAUAUUCGACAAGUCGUAAACAUGAUAUCCACAGCCAAACUCGAUCAAGAAGCUAUGGACUUCAACAAGGGCAAGCAAAUGUCCAAAGCAUGGCAGAAACACGUCAUCCUAAAACCAUGGGACAUCACGCAGAAAAUUCUCGGAGGCGGCAUGUUUGCUGCAAGCAGCAACUCUACAUUGAACGAGAAAAUCGAACUCUACUUCAAUGACCACGAGUUCAGUCCCCUAAUGCUCCAAGAGAACUAUCUUGGUACCAAUCCCAUCCAGGCAUUGCAAUACAAUGGGCCCGAUAAGAAAUUGAAGCUGCUGGAACUAGCUUCCGAUGCCGCUGAUAGCAUUAGCGACGGAGACCUUGUCGAUCGCAUGAUCCACGGGUCGCAACAGCACUGGAGUUUAAUGCCAACACAUGCAGUGUUCAGCUUCGUACGGCCGGCCAGUUUCGUUGCUGGAAGCACAGCUGGUCAUCAGACUCGUUUCACGACCUGGCUCGGUAAAAAUAGUUCUCAAGGAAAGCUCACGCGCCAGGUCAAGGAAAUACAGGCUCAUAUGCGUUUACGUUCUUCUGGUGAUCGACACGAGGUCCGACAACAGUAUGUUCCUGUCCUCUGGCAGCAGCUCGUUAAGCGGCUCGAGGAUGAAGGGAAAGAGGCUGUCCCGGAGAUCAUCGAACUCAUGGACAGCUACUUCCUGACAAAGGAUGACUUCGAUGCGAUCGUGGAGCUGGGCGUAGGUCCCAUGGUACAAGAGAAGGUCAAGAUCGCUUCUCAAGACAAAGCAACCUUCACCAGACUUUACAACCAGCAAUCCCAUCCGCUGCCCUUCAUGAAAGCCUCGAACGUCGUUGCGCCUAAAAAAGCGAGCAAGGAAAAACCCGAUCUUGAAGAAGCGAUCGAAGAAUCCGACGAGGAGGAAGUUGUCAAUGAGAUCAAGGAAGAAGACGAGGACGUCGAUAUAUCCAAAGACAAGUACGUCAAGCAGCCUAAGAAGAAAGCUGCAAAGAAGACUGCGGCGACAAAAUCUCGUGGCAAGAAACGCGCUGCGGAGGAUGACGACGAUGGUGAGAGUGAAGAAGGUGUCAAGCCUCAGGGCAGAGGCAAAGCCAAGGGUGCUGCGAGCAAGGCGAAAAAGAAGUGA